GUGACGUGGCUCCUGGAGUCGACGGCCGACGAGAUCAGGAACAUGUCGAUGUCCGACAAUAUCCAGCAGCACACGAGGCGCCGCCAUUCCGAAAUCGAGAACAUUUUCCAGGUCGCCAACUGGAUGAGGUCGAUGCCCGCGUGCGCGCCGCAACUGGACGCCAACAAGGCGAUCGACGUCGUCAAGUUCGCGUUGACGAUGGGGGAUCCCCUCCG